AGAUAACAUUUACCCAUCCGUCUUGCAAGGCCAGUAUGAUGCCCAGGCCGAAUACUCAACUCCAUUGGCCAAGAAAAAAACCCAAACCGUAGGCUGGGUUGUAUUUCUGUACUCGGUGGACUAGGAUGAUACUACCUGGUUUAUAUGGGUCCAGUCCACUUGUUUGCACAAUGGGAUACAUGCUCGUUUCCCCUCCAUAGAAAAGAACGUGGGUAUCCCAUCGGGUCGCGGCCACGGCGAACUCGGUAGGUUUGUAGACUGCUUUACACAGAGUCUCCGGCCGUUCAUCGGUGGAAUAAUCCAAUAGCCUGGGCUCUGCAUAUAUAACGCAUGUCAAAUCAUUUUAGUCAUCCAUCGCGAACAUCUCCCGUUCCCAGGAAGAUAACAAUCCAGGAUCGAAGACUAGAACACCUGGACAAUGGGUUUGAUACAGCACGAUGACAUUCACAAUCAGAAAUACCGGUGCAAUCAGUCAUAUGACUUAACGGCAGCCCGGUUGAAUGGCAACGGCGUCGAGUCAUUUGAGGUCGCGGACCUUUCAUCCAACGAGGCCCUGGGCUCCACGGGCAUGACAGAUGAAGUUGUGCUGUUGUCGUGGCUCAUUGUGCUGCUGCGGACGCGAGAAGGCGGCCGGAUUGGAUACGAAUGGGCAUAUAAGUAUCCGGAAGAGGAGCCGGUACCUAGAUCUCUGGCUAUGAAUGAAGUAGUGGCGGGGUUACAAACUAGUGUCAAGGAAACCGCGGCAGCUGUCGCUCGGCAUAUUGCCACAGAUGCAUCGAGCCACUGGACACCAGCAUCUCUGCUUCUGAGCACUAGCUCUCUUUCCCAGACGUCAGACGAAGCAAAAGAUGAAGGGCUACUUCACCUAGAAGUCUCUUUCGAGAAUGGGUUGCUACAGAUUCGUCCGACAUGGCACUCCGAGAAUGUGUUGCCAUUUACAGUGACGCGAUACGUCAGGACUCUCGCCGACACGGUCAGACUGUGCAUCUCCAACCCCGAUGCGUCUAUCCAAGACUGCGUUCGACCGACUACGUACGACCUCGACGAGAUAUGGCGCUGGAAUCACGACCUGCCAGCCACGUACAAUUUUUGCAUGCACGAGAUGAUAUCCGAACAGGCUCAGAAGUUCCCUGAUAAAGAAGCAAUCGCAUCAUGGGACGGCAGCCUGACAUACAGCCAGAUUGAUCAGUAUUCUACAUUUAUUGCGCGCUCGCUGAAGGAUAUGGGAGUCGAGCUGCAUGAUGUCCUACCGAUGGACCGUCGUCGCAGUAUUGGCAGUAAUGAAAGCAGGUGCGACGUUUGUACUAAUGGACCCAACCCUGCCCUUGCACGUCUGCAGAACAUGGCCCAACAGGUCGGCGCGAAGAUGAUGGUCUCUUCUCGGGGCCAGCACGACCUGGCCACUCAGAUCAUACCAGAAGCGAAAGUGCUCGUCGUGGAGGAAAACACAUUCAGCUGUCUCUCCGCCGAACAGAAAGUCAUACGCCUACCAACGGUUCCCUCGUCCGCCCUGAUGUACAUCAUCUUUACAUCCGGCAGCACAGGUACUCCGAAAGGAGUCAAGAUAUCUCACGAAACCUACACAAGCAGUGCCAUUCCCCGAGCCAAGGCUGUCGGGUACACGGAGGAUUCUCGUGUUCUCGACUUUGCCUCCUACGCCUUCGACGUCAGCAUCGACAGUAUGCUUCUGACCCUGGGCAACGGUGGCUGUCUUUGCAUUCCAUCCGACGAAGACCGCCUCAACGAUAUCAACGGCGUGAUCAGGCGGAUGAAGGUGAACUACGCGGGCCUGACGCCCUCGGUGGCCCGAAUCCUAGACGCGGAUGUGAUAUCCUCGCUCAGUGGUCUUGGCCUCGGAGGAGAGGCCGUCUCAGCGAGAGAUGUCAAUCUCUGGGGUCAGGACACCAGGAUUAUUAUUGGCUAUGGUCCCUGCGAAUGCACGAUCGGGUGUACAGUGAACCGCAGCGCGGCAACCGGGAGAGACUAUAUCUCCAUUGGCCCCGGUAAUGGGGCGGCCAUCUGGAUAGUCGACCCUAAUGACCAUGAAUCUCUUGUGCCUGUGGGCGCGGUGGGAGAGCUGCUGGUCGAAGGUCCCAUAGUAGGACAGGGCUACCUGAAUGACCCGGAGAAAACCGCCGCAGCGUUUAUUGAAAGCCCGUCGUGGUUGAUUGCGGGUCACAACGGCUACCCCGGUCGUCGGGGCCGUUUGUACAAGACCGGUGACCUGGGUCGAUAUGAUCCGGACGGGUCGGGUUGUAUUGUCUUUGUGGGGCGGAAAGAUACCCAAGUCAAAUUGCGAGGACAGCGAGUUGAGCUCGGAGAGAUCGAGAGCCAAUUGAGAGCUAGACUGCCUUCGGAGACGACCGUCAUCGCGGAGGUGAUUGUACCCCCAGCGUCUGGGAGACAACCUAUGCUGGUGGCAUUUGUUGCAGCACAGACGACAAAGGGGCAUGACCAUACUGAACUCGAGGCGGCAGAGCUUCCUGAGGAGCUGCAAAGGGUGUUGUCAGAAGCCGAUACGGAACUGGCGAAGGUUUUGCCCCGAUACAUGGUGCCAACUGCGUAUAUCCCAGUCAACCAUAUUCCUACGUUGAUCUCGGGCAAAACAGACCGCAAGAGACUGAGGCAGUUCGGUGCAGCCGUCGACCUGCGCCAGCUGGACCACGGAGGGACAAACACCACGACCCGGGAGCUGAGUGAACUGGAGCAUCGCUUGCGACAGGCAUGGAGCCAGACGUUGAAACUCCAAGCUGACUCUAUCCGUCUCCAAGACAACUUCUUCGCUCUGGGUGGAGACUCACUCACAGCCAUGAAACUGGUCUCUGUAUGUCGGUCCCAGGGUCUCGACCUCAGUGUCACCAACAUGUUUAGCAAUCCUACCCUGUCAGCCAUGGCCAGCGUUGUUCGCAUUUGCGACGUCGACGUGCAAGCGGAAAUCCCCGCAUUCUCAAUGAUCACGUCAGAUGUCAACAGCGUCUGCGUAGAAGCAGCAGGGGCUUGCGGAGUUAGCCCGGCAGAUAUCGAGGACAUCUACCCCUGUACGCCCACACAGGAGUCUCUGUUCACUUUCUCGCUUAAAUCAGUCAAGCCCUACGUGGCGCAGAGAAUUUUGUGUAUCCCGCCACAUAUCGACCUUGACGUCUGGCGGAAGGCAUGGCAGGAGGCGGUCGCAGCACUCCCCAUUCUACGGACACGAGUGGCCCAGUUGCAGGAGCCUGGUCUUCAGCAGGUUGUACUCAAGGAAAACGUCUCCUGGACGCAAGCCUCAAGUCUAGCAGAAUACCUAGAGAACGACCGAACCGAAAAGAUGAAUCUCGGAGAGAGUCUGGCUCGUUACGCUAUCAUCGAAGACUCAACCAACGGCAAGCGAUACAUGGUUUGGACUAUUCACCACGUCCUUUACGACGGGUGGUCCGAGCCGAUCAUCCUCAAGCAAGUCAGUGACGCCCUGCAAGGGCAGCCAGUCGAGGUAAAGAUGCAGAUGAGAGACUUUGUCAAAUACGUGCUUGACUCGGAUGACGCCGCAGUGCAGGAAUUCUGGCGGCGGGAGCUGAAAGGUGCUGUCGGUCCUCAAUUCCCGCGUCUACCCUCCAGAGACUUUAUGCCUACCCCGGACGCCCUAGUCGAGCAUCAAGUUUCCCUUGAUACCAGUUCCGGAUCACCAGUUACCAUGGCGACAUUGAUUCGCGGCGCCUGGGCGCUCGUCGCGUCCCAAUACACCGGAAGCGACGAUAUAGUCUUCGGCGAGACCCUUACAGGCCGCGACAUCCCAAUACCUGGAGUCGAAAGGAUCGUUGGGCCAUUAAUUGCAACGGUCCCCAUCCGUGUGCGCGUUCACCGGGGCAGCACCGUAGAAUCCUACCUCCAAGCCGUGCAGCAGAGUGUCUUGGCCCGCACCGCGUUCCAGCAUAUGGGCAUGCAAAACAUCCGCAAGGUCAGCCAAGAUGCCCAACACGCGUGCGAAACUGGCACGGGUUUGGUCAUUCAGCCUGAAGCAGAGUACGUCGGAAGCGAACUCGGCGUUCAGAGCGGAGACGUCGUCCUUGAAGCUCUGCAUUUCAACCCGUAUCCGCUGAUGCUAGCUUGCGGGAUCCGCAAGGGUGGCUUCCGGGUUUGCGCAAGCUUUGACAGCAACUUGAUUGAGAUCAAGAAGAUGAAACGGAUGCUUGGGCAGCUAGAAACAGCUUGCUUACAGUUGAGUAAAAAUCUUUCUCGGAGGGUCGACGAGAUCUCCUGUCUCCCUGAGGCGGAGUUGAACCAGAUCUGGCAAUGGAAUCAGAUUCCACCCUUGGCUUUGGAUGAAGCAACAAGUAGGGUGCGUGCAGAUACAAGCGUGAAGCCCGGCUCAAGUUAUCCUCCCGCAGUUGUUCCUUGGGUUUGCAACCCGCGAAACCCGUCCCUCCUCUCGCCCAUCGGGUGUGUCGGUGAGCUUUGGCUUGAAGGAGCCUUUCUUUCCGAUGACACGGUUGAUUCGCCCGCCUGGCUUGUGGCCGGAAGUUCUACCUGUGCUGGCCGAACUGGCAGAGUGCAAGCAACCGGCGACAUGGUUCAAUUACGAGAAGACGGCAGUUUAGUGUUUGUUGGUCGGAAGGAGAACGUUGUUGCUGUUCAAGGGCAUGCAGUGGAUAUCACAGAGAUUGAAAGGCACCUCGCAGAACAUCUUCCGCCGACAACCCUUGCCGCUGCUGCUGUAGCGCGGUCCUCAUCCGACCAGGAGCUGGUCAUGUUCAUUGAGCAACAGGCUGCGGAAGAAGCCUGUAUUGAGCUCCUGUCGGAGAAGCGCGAGAUAGUGUGCGACUCGCCAGGUCAAGCCUUCCAGACCACAAUUUGCGCGAUGAUCCCCGGCAGUCUUGCUGUGGCGUUGAAGAAGCUCGAUAAAUACAUGCGAGACUCGCUUCCGUCGUAUAUGGCUCCAUCCGCUUACAUCGUGGUAGACAAACUGCCCACUACGAUGAGCCAUAUCGACCACAGUUUGCUCAAUCAGAUCGCCUCUCAGGUUACUCCACAAACCCUCAACCAGCUUCGUGAUGGAUUGAGAAACGCCUGGACCAAGGCUACAAUCCAAAGCCAUCUGUCAGCUUCAGAAAGCAUUCUGCGGUCUGCAUGGGCUAAGGUCCUUCGCGUCAGCCCAGAGCAGAUCGACGUAGAUGACAAUUUCUUCCGGCUCGGCGGGGAUUCCGUUCUUGCAAUGAAGCUCGUGUCGAGUCUCCGCGCGCAAGGCCACAGUUUGUCCGUGGCUGAUAUCUUCCGGCACAUGCGUCUCGGCGACGCGGCCAGAGUGUUGAAGGUGGAUGAACGCUCACUACAGAAGGUCAACUCAUAUCAGCCGUUUUCGACGCUCCGUCUCCCGGACGUUCAGCAGUUCCUAACCGACACUGUCCGACCACAGCUCGGGGACCCAAGCUGGCCCAUCCAAGAUGUGCUGCCAGUGACCGACUCCCAGGCUCUGGAUAUCAGCGCAACCAUUCAGCCACCGAGGACGUCUAUCCAGUAUACGAUGCUGUACUUUGACGGUAGCAUUCACAGCGAGCAGCUGUUCCGUGCGUGCGGCGACCUGGUUAAGACCCACGAGAUUCUCCGUACCGUCUUCAUCGCACAUGAAUCCUGCUACUUGCAGGUCGUCCUCAAGGAGCUGGACAUUCCCAUGCGCACGCACAAGACUGACAAGGACCUCGAUCAAUACGUCAUCGAUCUCUGCAGGGAGGACAUCGAAUCCAACUUCCAGCUAGGAUCUCCAUUCCUCCGACUCUUCCACGUUGAAGGUAACGGUCAAGCCUGCCUCAUCAUCGGCCUAUCCCACGCCCAAUACGACGGCGUCUCCCUGCCCAGACUACUCCAAGACCUAGACUCCCUGUACACCGGCACCCAGCUCGCCACUUUCUCUCCGUUCUCGGCAUACAUGGCCCAGAUCAGCGAAGAGCCCAUCCAAAACAAAGCAACUACCUACUGGCACAACCUCCUCUCCAACUCCUCCCUCUCGAUCCUCGACGGAUCCUCCUCCCAUCCAACCGACAAAGCAAUCUUCCACACCCGCCCGGCCAACAUCCUUCCCCUGCAGGAAAUCACCACCGCAAACCUCCUCACCGCAGCGUGGGCCCUGCUCCUCGCUCGUCGCCUCCAAACACCAGACGUCACCUUCGGCAGCGUCACCUCCGGCCGCGCCUUCGACAUUUCCCACGCCGAGAACAUCGUGGGCCCCUGCUACCAGCUCACCCCCAUCCGGGUCCCCUUCCAGCCUGGCUGGACCCCAAGCGACCUCCUCCGUUUCGUCCAGACGCAGACUGCCGAGUCAGCAGCGCACGACUUCCUCGGCUUCGAGAAGAUUGCUAAGCUGGCAAGGUGGGAUAUAGCUCACGGGAAAGGUUUUGACUCGAUUGUGCAUCAUCAGGACUGGGAGGAUUUUGAGAGGAUGCCGUUUGGCGGGGGUUCUUGUCGGGUUGAUAUUGCGAAUCCGCAUGGGGAUGCGGCGUAUCCGAUCAAGGCUGUUUCGUUUGUGAAGGGGGGAGAGAUACAUGUUGGUGUGGUUGGGAGUGAGAGGGACGUGGUGUUUGUGGAUGAGCUUUUGGGGAGCUGGUUGCUGCGGUUGAGGAGUUGGCUGGUAUGA